UUGAUAAAGUAUCUGAGACAUUAUAUAAGGAAUACUUUAAGGGACCAUAUUACAGUUGGGGUAUGACUCCACUAGAUGUACAACAGAGAUGGUGGAAUGCUUUCAAGCAUGAGUUCUCAUGGGAUCCAUCAAUAGCUGUGCAAGUUAAGAAGGGCUGGAAAUCAAAAUGCAGUAGGUGUAUUACUGAUAUGUUGUCAAAGAUUUGCACAGAACCUGACUAUAAUGCACAAUUGUGCCCUCCUACAAUAAGGGAGCAAAUGAUUCAAAUGAGAUCUAAAGAAGAUUUCCAAGAAAAGUCAAAGCAAUGUUCAAAAAAUCGAAUGGGCAUCGGAAACCAAAAGAUACACCAUCGACAAGGAUCUAUAUCUACUGAAGAAGUGAGGCUGAAAUUGGAAAAGAAACUGAAGCGUAAGCCAACUGCUGCCGAACUUUAUUACGAAUGUCAUGGUGAUAGCGGGGGUCAAUUUGUUAAUGCCAAGGCAGAAAUGGUGUGGAAUGAAUUUUCAAGUAUAAAAGCUGCCAACCUUGAAUGUGAAAGUGAGAAUAAAAAAACAGAAGACGAGUUGUUCCUUGAGGCUGUAGGUGGGUGGAAUGAGAAGGGAAGAUUAUUUGGUUUGGGAGCAGCUGCUGACUCAUAUUAUGAAAGACUAGGAACUGAAGUAAAGAGGGUAAAGAAAUCAAGAAUGCAGCAUGCAAUGGAGUUGGAGAACAAGUUUAUCGACCUCCUUACGGAGAAUGCAGAACAAAAGAAAGAGCUUGAUGCAACAAAAGAGAGCCUAGUCGAAACUCAAAAAAGUCUUGCGGAUACUCAAAACAUUUUGAAGGCCCUUAAACAGCAAGUGCAAAUGCUUUUACAAAACAACAAAAUCUCAGUCACUCCUACAUCUACGUCUUCCCCAACUGAUGGAUGAUCAACACUAUAGUUGAUUAACAUGACUCUUUGUACAUGCAUGUGUAGUCAGUAAGUUAUUAUAUUAUUUGACAUGCUUCUAAAACAGGUUCAAGCUAGGUAGCAUAUUUUGUAAUUAUAUAUGGCACUAAAUAGGUUCAAGUUAGGUAGCAUAUUUUGAGGGCUUCUUAUGUAUUUCAGUUACAAUUCUAACAGCUCUUUCCUUGAAGCUACAUACGUAAUUAUGAGCUUGGCCUUUUAAAUA